AGCUCGCGAGGGAUUUGUGCAAGCAGGGCAUGUUCGCUGCGAGCGUGAUCCACAAAUUUUUUGCGUCAGACCCGGUGCAGCUGUUCAUGGCCCCGCAAAAGGCGUCCUGGGCUGCAGGUGUAGCUGUCGAAUUUGCGUGGUCCAAUGUUGUGGCAUCCACCUUUCACAUUGACGAGUUACCUGCGAACAAGAAUAUCACUCCGACCGAGGUGGAACCCGUGCAGGCGGACGAGCAACCAACGCAGCAGGAGAAGACAGCUCAGUCGAAGAAAGAAACGUCGAGCCAGUGCUGUUGAAUGAUCACAAGUAGAAGACAUUACUUAGUACAACAUCAUAUACACGCUUCUCAACUUCACAUCUAGUGUGGAUCGUCCAUAAGCCAUACCACACAUAUUAUUAUCAAGAGAAAAUACCGCAUCAAGCAUCCGUAACUCACGCAUAAUUCCACCCUUUUGGCGGUCCAUGCAUAGAUAUGUUUAGUCAAAUUUGUUGCCUUGUCACUAGUUUCUGGCCACAAUAUUCUUCAUCAUAUCCAGCAUCAUGGAGUCGCCUAGCCCACGUUUAUUGCCCAGUUACGUUGCUGAGGAGGACCCCUUUGUUUGGCGACUAAUAUAUGUGAUAUUUUUACAUACGUACCUCUACCUUCACAGUCAGACGCUCGAAGAACAUCUCACUGCCGACGUGUAGGGUGGUAUGGAAUCGAGUCCAAGAACAACAUGAUAUGUAAAAACUCGACAGUCCCGUGUUAAUUGUAUAAGUAACAGCUUUAUCGGAUUCCCCAUUGCCCAAUCUAGGUUGAAUCACGCUUACACGAGAGACAGAGCAGCAGCCUGGUUUGGGAACGCCCUUGCGAUAGUACUCAUGGUUAUCUAUCCAGAUGAAGAACUAAGAACGCCAAACUCAGCGUGUCAACUAGUGAUUGGAAAG